GUCGCGCGCCCUGUCUCCUCUGUAAGUAGCCGCGGACUCGUGGAUCACCGGACGGGAAUAACGGGAUUAUGAGGAUCUGAGGAUCUGAGGAGGAGAACGAUCCGGUGUCACUCGAGGAGAGGGAUUAGGUCCGGUGCCUUCAGUCCUCCGCGCACCGUGAUGGGGAUAGACCGGCGGCGGAGAGCGUCGCUGGCUCUCACCUUGAACUUCCUCGCGCUGUUCCUGGCCGUGUCGGCUCUCACCACCAGCUACUGGUGCGAGGGCACGAGGAAGGCGGUGAAGCCUCUGUGCACGGGGCCGGUCAUCGCCAAGCAGUCCUUCUGCAUUCGAUUCAACAGCUCCAACAUCAACGACACGCGGCUCGUGCAGUACAUCUGGGAGACCGGAGAGGACAAGUACGUGAUGAGGAAGUUCCACACCGGGAUCUGGUUCUCCUGCGAGCAGAACGAUAACAUGACCGGUGAGAACUGCAGAAGUUUCAUUUACGUCGCUCCUGAAAAUGAAAGAGGAGUGCUGUGGCUGUGCAUCGUGGCAGAGUGCCUGUACAUCCUCCUGCUGGCCACCGGGGGCGUCCUCAUGUCCAUCGAGGUGUGUCACUUUGGGAACGUCAUCGAUGGCCUCAAGCUCAACGCCUUCGCCGCCAUAUUCACCGUGCUGUCAGGUCUGCUGGGUAUGGUGGCCCACAUGAUGUUCACCACAGCCUUCCAGCUGACUGUCAGUCUGGGUCCAGAGGACUGGAAGCCUCAGACCUGGGACUACAGCUGGUCCUACAUCCUGGCGUGGAGCUCCUUCACAGCCUGCAUGGCGUCCUCGGUCACCACCAUCAACCGCUACACUAAAACCAUCCUGGAGUUCAAGCACAAGCGCAGGAACAUCGAGAAGAACCUGAAGAUCAAGCAGAAGCUCCUGGAGCUGGACUCACCUGAGCAGGUGUGGGACAUGUACAUCAGCUCCGUGCCGAGCACCGCCGAGGAGCUGCUCGACCUCUCCUCCAAUGGCCGAAAACUCUCCAACACCUCCAUCUUCUUAGACCUGAAUGACCUGCCCGACCAGCAGGGGGAGGAGUACUGCUAGAGGAACAGCCUGUUCAAACGUGUUUUAGACUUACCUCUACCUGAGCAGGGUGUUCUGAAGAGUCCCUGCUUCAACCCUCAGAAUUUAACAGAGUCCUGGACUGAAUCUCUGUAAAGAGGACCCUGAUCCACAUUCUUCAUCUCAGGCUCUGCCUUGCCACCUGCUGGAUUUGAUUCAUGGAGGAAACUCUCUGGAGCUGAUGAAGCUCUCAGCUGAAGACACACACUGCUGGAUGGAUCAGUGAUGAAGACGUACUGUGCCCCCACCAACAUGUGAACAAUACAGCAUAAAGUAGCUUCAAACACACUUCAUCAGGUGUAACCGGCUGUAUUACAGUAGUAACAGUGUUUGUCUGACAUGGAUGAAGGUCAGGGCUCCAGGCUAACUGAGAGGAAAUGUUUAUAGUCCUACUAAAGAACUUACCUGGACAUACCCUGGGCUCAGAGACUAGUGACUGUAUGAAAGUAAACUAUAAGUCAGAAAAUGACCUGAGUCUCCCAGAGGUCAGAGGUCACAGAGAGUUCAAUACGCCCUGACCUGACUUCUCUUUAUGUUUCCAGUCAUGUCACCCUCAGUUGUUUAAUUGUUGGUCAUUUUUUAUUUCAUUUUUUAACUUGAAUGUUCGAAUCUAAAAUUAGCAGGUAAAAAAUAGUUUGGCUGGGGUAAGUGCCAGGUGCAGUUUAGCACCAUUUAAGACGCUAAUAUCAUUAGCAUUGAGACCAUAUUACUAAUCCUCCUAAUGUUGGCGCUUUACAUUUACUACAAACCCACAGGUAUGUGUGCAGCUUUACACCCAGCCUGUACCCAACACUUGUGUUUGUUUGGAUCUGGCUUUGUAACUGAAAAUGGAUGUUUGCAGUGUCUGCAAAGCGCAGGAUAUUAGUUGCCUGAUAUCCUGUCGAAGUGAGCUGUAACUCUCGUGGACCGCUUUGGAAACACUGACUUCCUUUUUGGCAUGACAGCUAGCCUACCUGACGUAAUGUCAGCAGGUUCUGUUAGUAUGAUAAGAUGGGCUAGCUUGGCAUGAGCCACCCUCCAAGUUUGACCUGCAGUGCAUGAGGGACGUUUUUCUGUUGGCUAAAGCAGCAACUCUCUCUGCACGAUGUUGAUUGACAUACAAGGUGCAUUUGCACCAAGAA